AUGAUCAAACGACAGCAGCAGUGCCUGCGCCCAAAAGUAUUAAAAAGCGUAGAAUCAUUGAAUGCUAAUGAUGAUGGAACGAUGGGUGUAAAACAGUUAGCAGAAGCAGCAGAAAACUUGUCUCAAAUAAUAUCGAACCAAUUAAAAACAGAUUAUUCAUCACCUCGAAUGUCUUUACAAGUUUCUAAAACGACAUCUCAGAAAGAUAUGUUAGAAAUAGACGCUAUACAACCAAUUCAUUAUCUAAUUAAGCAUCCAGAAAGAAUACCCAUUCAAGCUGUGCAACAACUAUGUGAAGUGGCGUCCAAAUUGCCAAUUUUUAAAUUAAAACAUAUGGAAAUUAAGCAUAUAAGUACGGUGAUAUCAAUAUCGGGUACAUCCGGAACACGAACAACAAGUGGUAGUGGUACAGAAACGUAUAUUUCAAGUCCAAAACAUUCAAAAACCAUGAAACAUAGUACAAAGAAUCAUCAUCAGAGUAGGGCUACGUCAAAAUUACCACCAAAACACUCGCAGAAAGCUGCAAUGGGAACAAUCUCAUCAGAUAUAAAAAAUAAAAAGUAUUUGCACGUCCAUUUUUCAUUACUAUCCUAUUGUAUUUCGAAAAAAGCUUUGAAAGAUCGAACAGUCUCAUCAGUCUCUGCUUUAUUAAAUGCUCAAAAAUCGAAAUCACAGACAGAACAAAAUUUAUCAUCGUCGACUAGUAAAUUAAAAGUAAUCUCGUCAGUACAAUCUACAGCCGGACCGACAACACAUAAUAAUUAUGGAUACACGUCACAGCUGGCUCAACCAGCUUAUGUAAGAGAAAAAUUAACAAUUCAUCAACCUAUUCCGUUCAUGAUAUUCCGUCUAUGUUGUCCGAUGGGCAUGCUACCGCUAACUUCGAAAGUAGCAGAAAGAUUGGGAAUCCACGUUGUACAACAAUCAAAAACGAGGGUACACGUAGUAUCAGAUAAUAAUGCCAUGAAUACAGAAUUGUCUGAAAUACAUACACAAUAG